GUGUUUUAAGCGAGGGAGAGAGAGAGGGAGGGUGGGGUUGGCAGCACACGGUGCCACAGGCGCACAGGACACAGUUGGAUGAGGAGAAUAAUCCAAAGGGAGGAGGAAGAGGAGGAGGAGAAGGAGGAGGAGGAGGGUGACAGCCGUUGGACGUUUGCAUUCGCAGCAGUCGAACAGAGGAAAGAACCUCUCCAUCAGGAGCUGCGUGUUUUUUUUUUAAAAAAAAAUCACCACCAGCGGUUCGUCCCACGCACCAUGCGAGCUGGAGAGACCCGCCCCGGGCCAUGCUGAACAAGUGUCCGACCCUCCUGCUGGCUCUCACCGCGGUGGCCGGACUUGUGCAGCGAUGCCAGGGCUGGAGCGACGAAGACCUGCUCCUGCCGCCCAUCAACUCCUCCAACAGGUUCCUGGCCAACCUGGAGGUGGACGUGCGCCUCUCCAAGAGGUCCGUGGAAGGGAGCGAAGCCUCCCCGGACACCGUCCCCCUGCAGACGCUGUCCCAGUGCAACGUGAGCGUCCAGAGACUCCUGCCCGCCUCGCUGGUGGCCCGCUGGGACAGCAGCUUCGGCUUCCAGUGCGAUGUCCUCAUCUACACCACCAACAACCACGGAAGGGCUUUUUUCUCCGCGUCCUUCAACCGCGCCAUCUCCCCCGUCGUCAUCGAGCACCUGGGCACCACCGGGGGUCAGCAGGAGUUGAGGCUGUGCGUGGGAUGCGGGCUCUCCCGCUACAGGAGGCUCGGCCCCGGCAGGCAGAGAGGCCAGCAGAGCGGGGAUCAGGUCAAUUUCUGCUGCGUGGAUUUCAGCCUCGACGAGCUGAAGGGUGACAAAAGUUGGAGGCUGAACAGGAAGCCCAUCGAGUCCACACUUGUGGCUUGUUUCAUGACUCUGGUCAUCAUCGUGUGGAGUGUUGCUGCUCUCAUAUGGCCGGUUCCUAUCAUUGCAGGCUUCUUGCCUAACGGGAUGGAGCAGAGAAGACCCAGAUGACUGACCUGACCUUUACAGCCUGUGCUGCCUAUACUUAUUAUUAUUACUUGUAGCCAUUAUAUUCCUUACCGCAAUUCAUGGAAGACUGUUUAUUGAUAUUUGGGUUAUUUAUAACCCCAAUAAACUUCCUCAGAGGACCAAGGUAUGAAUGUGACAGAACUCUACUGGGACCAAUGUGCUUUUUCGGAUAGGUCUUAUAUAGUCUAGAACAGUGUUUCCCAACAUUUAUUGAGCCAAGGCGCAUACACAUAUUAUACCCCCCUAAAAAAAAAUAUCACACUAAUAUUUGAUCGGACCACUUUAAGCACACAUCCAGUCUGCAUUCAUUUUUUUUGUCAAGGUUUUGUAAUGAAGAUGGGAGAUUCAAACUGGACUUCCACUUUUGGGAUGGACACUUCUUAAGGGGCCUUAUCCUACAUUUCUUCCUUUUCCCAUGUAUGUAUACAUUUAAAAUGUUGCAUUCAGCACCAUAUGGAGUUAUCCCGUAUUUAAUUGUUAUGCCUCUCCUAAAACUUGUAAACAGGACAUUCUCGUGAUACAAGUUACAACUUGUAACAUUUUUACUGUGAAUCACAACAAAGUAAGUCUGCGAGGAUGCUGCCAAAUCUGAGCAAAUAAGGAAAAUAAUGUAAUAUUUACCAUGUACACAAUUUAAGAUUUAUGGAGUAUAUUUAUGAGAAGAAAUGUACUAUAGUUCCCCACUAGGAUCCAAGACCCUGAAAUGCAGAUUUAGGACCCCUUUAAUUUGAUUUAUAGAAGUUUCAACAAUCUCCUUACAUGAUGCAACCAUGCUAGUGGUUCUCAGUUGCAGAGUUGCCCUCAUUGGGGGGCAGAAAUAUUUUCGCCCUCUCGAUUUUAAACAUUAUCGAGAAACAUAUUUAUUUAUUUGUACUGUACAGACUGAACAUAAAACUAAAACCAACUAAAUGGAGAGCAGAGAAACAUACAAAAGUAUAUUUAAGAGUCAGAUUGCAUGCUGAGUUUUAUAUAUGUUGGCAGGUCUGCACAAAUAUAAGUACUCCCUGCUUCCCAUGACACCCCUAGGGGGGGCCCCACCACUAUUUUAGAAGCAAUGAUUUCCACGACCACACAAUACGUCCUUGAAGGGUUUUUUUCCCCGUCCAGGCAAUGUAUUUGACAUUUUCUUAAAAUCAAAAUCGACCUACCAACAUGUACACAUUUAUAGUACUCAGCAUAGAAUUUAACUCUUGAGUACGCUUGUAUGCUCUCAAUUGUGUUGCAUUUUCCUGGUUAUAGUUUCAAGUUCAGUCUGUACCAUACAGAUAAAUGAACGGGGGGAGGGGGGGUUUGGGCGAAAAAAAAUUCUGUCCCUUGGGGGAGGCAUGACAGAAAAUAAUGCUAUAUAGAAUAUGCAUAUGCUGUUGCAGAGCACAUGAUCAUAUCGUGCAUCACAACAAACAUACAAGUGCAUAAUUACAACCAAUAUUAGUCAAUAGAAAUAAUAUCAUUAUUUGUAGUAAAUAAAUAAGUCUUUGGGACCAAUUAAGUCAAUUUAAAUAUAAAAACCGUCCACACCGCGAUGGGAAUCACUGUCCUAGAUUAUGUCAGAGUAAACUGCACACUUUUCUCGUUAAAUGGCGUUUGUAGUUUUUCUAGAAUGUUUUUGCCUUAUUCCCCGUGUACAACUUUUUGCACUGCCCAUGUACUGACCAUGUAUAGCAUCAAAUAAUCCAAGUUACUAUAAGCCUUUUUUUCCUAACCCGUUCUGACAAAGGAGUUGUUUAGGACUGACCAGCAAAGAGAGUUUCAGUGUUUAUAACGCUAGAUUUAUAACGUCUGCUCAAUAUGUGUGCUUAUUUGGAUUUAUGUCACACUAUAUACUGUAUAAUGAUAAUAAAAUUGAUUAUAUGACA